GAGUAGUCAAGAAUUCGGAGAUCUCGCAAUUUAAAUCCAGAUUUGGAGAGUAAACUCGAGUAUUCUUGCGGCAAGUUUGAAGGCACAGGAAAGACACUACAAAUUCUAUCAUUUGUCCAAAUUUCAAUUUCUACAAAAUGGAUAAUAGCCAAUCAUUGAGUUACCAAGGAGAGGGAAGUGCAUCAUCGGCAAAUGAUGUUCAAAGUGAACAACCAUUGGUUCUAUAUACUCCUAGUGGUCAGGAUGCACCAUCUACUUCUUCCAAUGACUCAGAUGACAUAAUGAGCUCCGAAUCAAUAAUGGGAAUGUACGAUGGAGCUACUGUGGUUAGCGACGAGAGAAGAGAAUCGGAGGAAACACCCCUUCAAAAUAAGAUUGCUGCCAUGUUCGAGCGCAUAUUUGGAGAGGAAAGCGCGCCCGUGGAGGCUUGCGGGCAGCGUAUAGUCGGAACUCCAAAACGAAAGGCUAAGGCUGCAGUGAACUCUCCUCGGAGUAAGGCUGCCAAAGCUCCACGAAUUAGCAGAAGCAGCGGUGGUGGAGAUGACACGCCCUAUUGGCUUAAGGAGAUGACAAAGUUCAUGACAGGGGCCAAAGCACAAAAGCUGAAACCAAAACAAUUUGACAUCUCCGAGAUCUUAGAAGAAUCCAUUCUCGGACCACCGUCUGGAACAAUGCAUAAUGGAGUUGACUACUACGCACCUCUUCCGAAGAAGUUCCGGUUCGAAGAAGACAAUGCCAUGCCACUGACGGAAGAACAACAGCGAGAAGCUGAGUGGGCGAAGGACUUGGAUGGCUUGUUCGAAGAAUUGAACUUCAACUGCGCUGCGGAGGAAAGUCAAUCAGUUUCAACAUUUUUUGAUAUUCAAACAAUAGACCAGAAUUGA